CACGUCGUUCCCACUUCCCACUGCCACUGGCCACUAUCUCUUUGUCUAAUUCCUUUACUUCCCUGCUUCCCAUCGCCGGCGUCUUCUGCCGCAAGCCACACAGAUUCACUUCAGCCGCUUUGUCCCUACUUCCUACCUCCGGACAUCUCGUAUUUACGUUUAUGCAUUUCUUCCUACUGCUAUUUCUUUUCUUAGGGAAAAAAGGAAAUCACAGCAGGAGAGACUCCUACCUUAUACUUUUAUUUUGUUCAACUUCUCCUCCUUCGUCAUAUCUCUACGUUUUCUGGCAACGCACCCAAAGACCAACCUUUUAAUAAGCUACAAGCCACGUGAUUAAGGAGUAGUGUUACGGAGAUGAUUGAUCCGGUAGAGAUAUCCCAAAUGUGGAGUCCAUUUCUUAACUAUCUCACCAAGUUAGAGAAGGAACUGAAAUGCUUCAUAUGCAAAGGUUUGUUUAAAAAACCAAAAUUAUUACCGUGUAAUCACAUAGUUUGCAGCGACUGUAUUAUCACUCCUUUAACCCGUCAACGUUCUGUUUGUCUUUCUUGUCAGAACCCUUUUCGAUACGAAGACACUAGGGAUGCUCUUCACGUAGAAAGGAUGGUGAACCUUUUUCAAGAGAUGGAUGCUGCUAUUGGCAGCAUUAUUCAACAGAGAUCAUCAACUAAAAAUGUGCCGGGUGAUAAACCACAAGGAGUGCAUGAUGUACAAGAUAAAUCAAGCCAGUCAUGCCUCUCUAAAAAAGUUUCACUUGAAGGAGAUGAACCACCAGGAUUACAUAAUGUACAAGAUAAACCUAGCCAUUCACCCCUCUCCAAAAAAGUUUCACUUGCAGGAGAUGAACCACCAGGAGUAGUACAUAAUGCACAAGAUAAACCAAGCCACCAGGAGUCCAGUCAUCGCCCUUCAUUUGGUGAAAAUAGCGGUUCUAAAUUGCAGAAACAUGAUAGUUAUCCUGAACAGAAUCUCAAAGCCUCUUCUCGAAUGAAAAAUGGUGCUUCUCGACUCAACAAUUUCAAGAAAGCAAAGACACCAAAAAAUGCAAAGACCAGGAAUAAUGCUAGUCCAGAUAAUCAUAAUGGAAGAAUUUUGUUUGGUGAUGAAUGCGCAUUUUGCCAUUCUUUCCGAAUUACAGAGGAUUCUGGACCUAUGAAAUGUUACAAAGAUGGCAAACUCAUCGCAUUGGAGGAAUCAAACCAGUCCAAUGGAAUAUACGUUCAUGAAAAGUGUGUUGAAUGGGCUCCUCAAGUGUAUUUUUCUGGGGAAAUCGUGAAAAACUUUGAGUUAGAACUAAAGCGAGCAUCAAAGAUAAAAUGCAGCAAAUGUGGAGUGAAAGGUGCUGCUCUUGGUUGUUAUUAUAGCAACUGCCUUAAGAGCUAUCAUGUCACUUGUGCAGUUCAGAUCCCAGAUUGUCGAUGGGAUUGUAGAAAUUUUAAUGUGCUCUGCCCUUCGCACACUUCUGAAAAAUUACAAUGCGAUGAUUCUGGGAAGAACGACAACAGUACACAUCUCCAAUCUAUUCAGAUAGACUCUUCUAAGCCUUUAGGGAAGCUAAAAGAUGAUCGAAGUAACAAUUGUGCUGCUGCAAUGGAUGUUUCAAAUGAAAUGAUAUUCAUGGGCUCUGAUCUAAUGGAUUCAGAAAAGAAGCUCCUUGUUGAAUUGGCUAGCUUGAUUAAUGGAAAAGUGACUGAAAGAUGGACGCAUGAGGUAACACAUGUCAUUGUUUCAACCAAUGAAUGUGGUGCUUGCAGAAGAACAAAUGAUUUCCUAUUGGCUGUUUUGAGUUGGAAAUGGAUUCUCACAACAAAGUGGGUUAAGGUUAGCUUGGAGUCAGGACAUCUUGUCGAGGAAGAGCCAUUUGAAGUUAGGUUUGAUGAAAAAGGUUUUGCAGAUGGACCCAAGAAAAGAAGGCAUAAUAUGAUCAGCAAGGUUCGUGCUUUCUCACUUGGAUGCUCAAUGAUGUUCAAUUCAAUUAUUGCAUUGCUCCAAAGUUGUCUUGGAUAUUUGCCAUUUCUGUGGCAGGCAAAAACCUUAUUUGCAGGUCUACGCUUUUAUAUAAGUGAACACUUCGAUCAAUCAUCUGAACAGUCUCUUCGGGAGCUUGUUGUGGAUGCUGGUGGAAGGGUGUUGGAGGCGGAUUGUUUGGUGGUGAAGUACCCUUCUCCAAAUGCAUCUUCAGUUGAAUCAUUUCUGUAUUUCAUUUACAAUGCAGACUAUCUGAAGGAUAAUUAUCCGAGAGAUAUUAUGACGAUUAAAGAUGAAAGAUGUAAAGAAGUAGACAUGUUUAUGAAGACCGGUGCCCGACCAGUAAGUAAUAAUAGAGUAAUGGAUGCCAUUGCUACUUUGGACGUCAAAACUUUGGAUGUUAUAUGCCUCGAUCAAGUAGACUAGUGACUUCAAUGCAUUUGCUCUUUUGGUAGAGUUCUGAAGUAUGGACUUUUGUUAUUGUGGGGUUGCGAUGCUCCCUUUUGAUAUACUUGCAGUCAAUUGGCAAUGGAUGUAAAUUGGAUGGUCUUCAUUUUGCUUGAUUGUAUGAUUGUAUGCGAAAGUUUCUUCCUGUAAAUUGGAUGGAAAUGAAGUUACUUGUGAUUGGUUUGCAAUCAACUUCUCUUA